AGAUCACGUGCGGGAUCAGCUGACACCCCAGCAAACAAAAUAUGUGUGCAACUUUGGCCCGGUUCACUGGAGGAGGGAAGAAGUCUACAAGGACCCAUCAAUUUUCCUGCCUGCCUGCAGCAAGGACAGACAACAUGAGCACAGCUGGAAAAGUGAUCAAAUGCAAAGCCGCGGUGCUGUGGGAGCCUCACAAGCCCUUCACCAUCGAGGACAUAGAAGUCGCACCCCCCAAGGCCCAUGAAGUUCGAAUUAAGAUGGUGGCCACCGGUGUCUGCCGCUCAGACGAUCACGUGGUUAGUGGAACCCUGUUCACACCUCUUCCUGCAGUUUUAGGCCACGAGGGAGCAGGCAUUGUUGAGAGCGUUGGAGAAGGGGUGACUUGUGUGAAACCAGGUGAUAAAGUCAUUCCACUCUUUUCUCCUCAGUGUGGAAAAUGCAGGAUUUGCAAGCACCCAGAAAGCAACUUUUGUAUGGAAAACGAUCUGAUAAAUAUCCGGGGGACUUUGCUUGAAGGCACCAGCAGGUUCUCCUGCAAGGGAAAGCCCAUCCACAACUUCAUCAGCACCAGCACCUUCUCCCAGUACACCGUGGUGGAUGAUAUAGCAGUGGCCAAAAUCGAUGCGGCUUCACCACUGGACAAAGUCUGCCUCAUCGGCUGUGGGUUCUCCACUGGUUAUGGCUCGGCCGUCAAAGUGGCCAAGGUGACCCCAGGUUCCACCUGUGCUGUGUUUGGCCUCGGAGGUGUCGGACUGUCUGUCAUCAUUGGCUGUAAAGCAGCAGGAGCAGCCAGGAUCAUUGCUGUGGACAUCAACAAGGACAAGUUUGCCAAGGCCAAAGAGUUGGGUGCAACUGAGUGCAUCAAUCCUCAAGACUACAGCAAACCCAUCCAGGACGUUCUCCAGGAGAUGACCGACGGAGGGGUGGACUUUUCAUUUGAAGUCAUCGGCCGCCUUGACACCAUGAAUUCUGCCCUGCUGAGCUGCCAUGCAGCCUGUGGUGUAAGCGUCAUUGUAGGGGUGCCUCCCAAUGCCCAGAGCCUCUCCAUGAACCCCGCGUUGCUGCUGAUGGGACGUACCUGGAAGGGAGCAAUAUUUGGCGGGUUUAAGAGUAAAGAUUCUGUCCCUAAACUUGUGGCUGACUUCAUGGCUAAGAAGUUUCCGUUGGAACCGUUAAUUACCCAUGUUUUACCUUUCGAAAAAAUAAAUGAAGCAUUUGACCUGCUUCGUUCUGGAAAGAGUAUCCGUACCGUCCUGACGUUCUGAGACUAGAUGGAUGCCUCCCCACGCACCAGCUUCUGACCCCUCCACCAGACCAAAUCAAGCACCAGCCACAGCACAGCCUUAAUCUUGCUCUUUAGAGACACAGCCAAUAAAGUACUUGUGUAAGCUUUCCACAAGAAA